AUGAGGACGGGUUUGUACUUAUUUAUUUUCCUAUCCUUUAUUCCGUUGGCUGCGGGAAAUGAAGACGCGAAACGAUUGUACGACGAUCUGAUGGUGCAUUACAACAGACAUCGACGGCCGGCCAUGAACCCGAAAGAGCCGACGACGAUUAAAUUAAAGCUGCGGUUAUCGCAGAUUAUCGAUGUGGCCGAGCUGGACCAGGUGAUGACGUGCAGUGUUUGGCUGAAGCAGGUAUGGAUGGACAAGAAACUGUCGUGGAAUCCGAAGAAUUACGGCGGCGUCUCGGUGCUCUACGUUCCUUAUGAAAUGAUCUGGGUGCCCGAUAUUGUCCUCUACAAUAACGCGGAGAGCUACUACAACAUCACCAUCUCGACGAAGGCCACGCUGCACUAUUCGGGCGAGGUCACCUGGGAACCGCCGGCCAUCUUCAAGUCGUUGUGCCAGAUUGACGUCCAAUGGUUUCCCUUCGAUCAGCAGGAGUGCCAUCUGAAAUUCGGCUCGUGGACGUACGCGGACAAUUUAUUGAAGCUCGACUUGUUGGAACACAACGUCAGCCACGUGACCGAACAGAACGAACAGGGAGAAAUGGAUAACGUGACGAUCGCCGUAGAUGGCAUCGAUUUGUCCGACUAUUACCCAUCCGUCGAAUGGGAUAUCAUGUCUCGAGUGGCAAAAAGGAGAAGCAAGAAUUACCCUAGCUGCUGCCCGGGAUCCGCCUAUAUGGACAUUAUCUAUUACCUCGAACUGCGCAGAAAGCCGCUUUUCUACACGGUUAACCUGGUUUUCCCGUGUGUUGGCAUCUCUUUUCUGACGAUUCUCGUCUUCUAUUUGCCCUCAGACUCUGGAGAAAAGGUGACGCUCUGCAUCUCGAUCCUCGUCGCGCUCACUAUCUUCUUUUUGCUACUGACCGAAAUCAUCCCAGCCACCUCUACCACACUGCCACUAAUCGGCAAAUAUCUGUUAUUCACGAUGGUGAUGGUCACGCUCUCCGUUGUCGUCACCGUCAUUUCCCUAAACCUCCAUUUCCGGACCCCGACCACCCAUAUAAUGCCUAACUGGGUGAAGAAGGUGUUCUUGAAUUGGCUGCCGAAGCUCCUCUUCAUGCGUCGCCCCCUGACCGAGGCCGAGGAGAACUUUAAGAAGGUCAACCCGAAAAUGCUGGCCGCGGGCCCUACAACACUUGAGGGGAAAAUCGCGCUCAACUACCACGAGCACCGGGUCAAAGAGAAUACCGGCUUCGGCCGAGCGCUGGCGAAUGCAGCGAUUGACGAACGCAUUCAAAAGCUCUAUUUCUCGCCGCAGGUAGUGAAAGCCUUCGAAAAUAUAUGCUUUAUCGCCGAACUGCUGAAGAAGAAGGACCGCGAUGAUAAGAUCGACGAGGAUUGGAAGUAUGUUGCGAUGGUGCUCGACCGGUUAUUCCUGUUGAUAUUUGCGAUCGCAUGUUUUGUGGGGACAAUCUACAUCCUAUUACAGGCGCCAACACUUUACGACAACAAAAAGCCGAUCGAUCUGCACUACAAAGCUACAAAUGUCACAUCCGGAAUCAGC